CGGGCGCUGUUGAGAAAGAUACGCUCCCACGUCCCACCUCCUGGAUGCAGAGUCAGUAGGAAAAGCCAGGUUUUCCUUCCAGAAACAAGGGAGAGAGCGGAGGAGACAGCUGCUGUGGAGGUUUCUAAGGAGACUCAGACUGGCUUCUUUCCCUGCUCCCAGGAGACGGCAAGAUACCUCAGAAGAGAGAAACGCUGCUCCCUGGCCAACAAGCAGCCCCCAACCUGGAUGGAGUGAAAGAUGCGGCCUGAUGACAUUAACCCGAGAACUGGGCUGGUGGUGGCCCUGGUCAGUGUCUUCCUGGUCUUUGGCUUCAUGUUCACCGUCUCUGGGAUGAAAGGAGAGACUCUGGGAAACAUCCCCCUCCUGGCCAUCGGGCCAGCCAUCUGCCUACCAGGCAUCGCGGCCAUUGCCCUGGCUAGGAAAACGGAGGGAUGCACCAAGUGGCCUGAAAAUGAGCUGCUGUGGGUCCGCAAGUUGCCCUGCUUCCGGAAACCCAAGGACAAGGAGGUGGUGGAGCUGCUGAGGACACCUUCGGACCUGGAGUCGGGCAAGGGAAGCUCAGAUGAGCUGGCUAAGAAGGUGGGCCUCAGGGGAAAGCCUUCCCUCCAAGGGCAGGCUGAGGUGCCCAUGGCCAGCUCCAUCACCACCCCCACCCCCACGGAGGAAGGAGAAUGCCAGAGCCUGGUCCAGAGCGGGCAUCGGGAGGAGGCAUCAAGAUACCUGGAUGGCUACUGUCCCUCGGGCAGUUCCGUCACCUACAGUGCCUUGGAAGCCAAGUGCUCAGCCUGGGACCGGUCCCAGUGCCCUGAGCCUGAGGACAGCAUCUUCUUCGUGCCCCAGGACAGUAUCAUCGUUUGCUCCUACAAGCAGAACAGUCCCUAUGACAGAUACUGUUGUUACAUCAAUCAGAGCCAAGGCAGGUGGGACCACGAGACAAUACUCUAAGCUUUGCAUACAAAGGUUGCUGUGUUGAUAGACACAUGACUACACUCAGCUCCCGAAAGAAGGAAACUGCUCUGCUCCAACAGCCUUCACACUGUUAGAAAUGGACCUGGUAUGUGACGGGUGUGCAAACGUCUGGUGCCUGAGAGCCAUGUACAUAGGCAUGUCGGAGACACAUUUCAGGGAAGGGUGAUGAGGGCUACGGACACUGGAAGAGGCAGUGGGUAGGAGAGGAAGCAGUUCCAGUCACUUUUUAACGAUUUAAACUGUGCUGGAUGUUUUGUAAAAUAACCCAAAAAAGUGCUACCCGGCACCUGCUCAAAGUAAGAUAGGUCUAGAGUGGGCUGCAGAUGCCAGGCAUGAAAUGAUACAGGGGCUGUCCACAGGGAAACAGAGCUGCUUCCGGUCUGAAGAAAUGGAAAGAAAAAACAGUUGAAUGCUUCAUUAUGUGAAACGAUUUUUAUCUGGUGAAAGCUUUUCACACUUAGCAUUUGCUGAAAGAAAGAUAAAUCAAGAAAAAACAGCUACAUCCCUCCUCAGGUGGGGUGCUUUUCAGACAAAGGGGAGUUAAAGACAGUUGAAUUAUAUAAUUGAGUUUUAUGAUAUUAUCCUCUGACAAGAUCAGGGAUUUCAAAUAAAGUAAAAUAAGUGUGACCAGCUGUGUGAAAAACUAGCAUUUUUAAAUGGCUAUGUUACUUCUUAAACUCUUCAUUUAAAUUGAUUUACUGGGUCUUUACCUGAAGUGUUUUUUAAC